AUGGACGCAUUCACCAUCGACAAUCUCCCCUACGGUGUGAUCUCCACCGAAGGAAACCCCAGAAAACGUUGCGCGGUCGCUUACCAGCAGUUCGCCAUUGACCUGGAUCUCCUUUACCGCCAUGACUUCUUCUUGCCCAUACCUAAUCUAAAUGUCAACGUCUUUGCUAACGACAGUUGGAAUGCUUUUGCUGCCCUGCCCGUGGACCUUCGAGCUUCCGUCAGGGCUCGCAUACGUUCUGGAAUCCUGAAUGACGCUGUCAAUGAGGCGUUGAUUCUACUGUCCAGUGUACAGAACCACCUCCCAAUGCAUACCCGCAACUUCUCCGACUUUUAUUGCUCUUUGGAGCACGCAAAGAAUUGCACAGAGGUCAUGAACCUGAAGCAGAUGGCAUCCAACUGGUUCUUCAUCCCUUCCGUCUAUAACGGUCGCACCUCAAGCCUUGCAGUUUCAGGUACCCCAAUAACCCGGCCUUAUGGUAUGUAUGCCGAGCCUCAAACAGGGGCAGUCUCAUUCCAGCCCGAGUCGAAGCUCGACUUUGAGUUAGAAAUGGGGGUUUGGCUGUCUACUCCACUGCCACGAGGUGAGAGACUCGACAUUGCCAAAGCCAGUGAGCAUGUUUUUGGUUUCACCCUCCUCAACGAUUGGUCAUCACGACAGAUUCAGGGCUUUGAGAUGCCCCCUCUCGGCUGCUUCCAUUCCAAGGGCUCCCUUACGUCUAUAAGUCCCUGGAUUGUGUCAACAGAGGCUCUGGAGCCGUUCAAGUGCAUGAGGACGACACAGCAGGAUCGUCUGCCGGUACCACAUCUGAGGCCUCAGGGGGAUGCGGCGCUAACCUACGACAUUGAGGUGUCAGCGAAGCUGCUCCGAGAUGGCAAGUCGUACACACUCUGCGAGAGCAACCUCAAUACUUUGUACUGGACGCCAAUCCAGCAGCUUACACACCUGGCCUCUGCCGGAGAGGGAUUGUCAACAGGAGAUGUCUUUGGAACUGGAACCAUAUCUAGCAGUGCGACCAACUCAGAUGGCGAGAAGAUCGGUCUCGGCUGCCUUAUCGAGCGAAGCCUUCCUCGCACAAGGCUCAAGUCUGCCCCCUCAGAUAUACAGGACACCUUCCUGAAGGAUGGUGAUGAGGUUGUUAUGGAGGGGUGGUGUCGGGACAAGAUGACCGGAAAAGUGAUGCUUGGAUUUGGCGAGUGCAGAGGGAAAGUAUUGCCUGCUGUCUCGGCAGUUUGA